AGUAGACACUACUACCUCAGCCAGGAGACCAAAGCAAUGAUAACCCUUAUUCUAAAAAAUUCUUGCGGCUAUUCUUAAACUCCUUCCCCCCUUAACACUUCUGAACAGAGGAACUUAGAGAAGAAUAUGCACCCGUGCUAUGAACCUCUAUAUCCACUUCAUCAAGUCGGUUUUCACUAUAUAUCCGUUCUAAGGUGCCUUAAACUAUCUGUGGCCCUGGCAUAUAUGCUGGUUCGUGGCGGGGCGUUAAUAUCACGCCGAUAUUUUGUUCCUUCCCACCUUCUUUUGACCCGCCGAGUCGCUCACCUUGCCUGUUACUAACCUUCCCGUGGUUGUCUCCUACCUUAUCCAAGUCG